ACCCCAUUCAUCGAAUAUUGCAUAAAAUCACUUACACUUCUACUAGUGUAUGUUAGUCACUCCAUCUAAAAAUGACUCAUAACUACGUGAUAGUUUCACUCCUUUUACUCCUCCCUUUGUUUGUAGACAUCUCCCACUCUCAACCUACCCCAGAUCUUUGCCUUGCGCACGACAAAAAUGUGCUCCUUCGUAUCAAAAAACACUUCGGCAACCCUCCCUCGCUUUCGUCGUGGGAUCCCAAUACAGAUUGUGCUGGAUGGAAUGGUAUUCGAUGCAACAAUCAAGGCCACGUCGAGGUCGUCUUAAUCACCGAUGCUGAUGAUAUCCACGGCCUAAUACCGCCUUUCUUAGACCAACUUCCGUACCUCACUGAACUCUAUUUUGAUAAACUUCCCAAUCUUUCGGGACCAAUACCAACUUACAUUGGUAAACUUACUAACCUCACUAUACUUACUAUCUCCGGAACCAAUAUAGCUGGUCCGAUCCCUGAAUUUUUAAUUAAGCUCACGAACUUGAACCAACUCUUUCUCUAUUCCAACAAGUUUACUGGGACGAUCCCUAAUUUUCUAAGCCGACUUAAGAAGUUGAUUUUUCUUGACCUCUCUUCCAAUUUACUCACUGGCCAAAUUCCUGUAGCCUUGAGUAAAUUAACCAAUGUUAAAGUCCUUACUCUUAGCUCAAAUAAGUUGUCUGGCCACAUACCCGAUUUUAUUGGCAACCAACUUAAGAAUCUACAAGUACUAGAGCUCGAUUUCAACUCUUUUUCGGGCACAAUACCAACAUCUUUGGGAUUAUUGCUCAAUCUCCAAAAGAUAUCGCUUGUUGGGAACCAAUUAAGUGGUACAAUCCCAAAGUGGAUGGGUCGCGGUAAUUUGAAUCUUAUUUAUCUUGGUCAAAAUAAACUAACGGGGGAUGCCUCUUUUUUGUUUGAGAAGACUAACACCAACAUCCUUAGUUUGGAAGUUGCGCACAAUCUUUUAAAGUUUGAUUUUACAAAGGUGGAUUUGGCUCCAAGUUUAUUAGGCAUGAACAUAAGCCAUAACAUGAUAUAUGGGUCUCUUCCUAAGCGAUUCGGGCUGUUACGGCCCGAUUCUAUUGAUGUGAGUUAUAAUCAACUUUGUGGUCCAAUUCCUAAUGGUAGACGUUUCAAAAGGGUCCCCGACAUAUUUGCUCAUAAUAAGUGUCUUUGCGGUGGUCCAUUUCCUAGUUGCAAGUAACCAUGAAUGUUUGUCAGAUCAGAUAUGAUUGGUUGUAUUUAAGGCUUUCUACUUUAAUCGGUGUUUUCGGGUUUAUGUAGUGUUGUAAUAGUGCAAUCAAGUCCAAGGUUAACGAUAGUAGCCAGCAUUUGGACUAUUAAAUGAGUUUGUUUUCCCUUUUUUUUUGAAAAAGAGGGUGAUGUUUCUCUUUAAAUAAAUCUACUACUGAUUUGUUGA